AUGGAUCGCAAGGUUUCCUUGAUGCACUGCAAGUACGACUGGCGUUGGGCUGACCUCAAUGAGACCAAAGCUGAGUGGCAGAAGGUGCUCUCCCCACCAAUUCGGGUCUUGGAGGUCACCUGCCCGUACCGGUCCCGGGGAUUUCUGAUGCCCGGCCCGAUCAUCGUGCAACCAAGCAAUCCGUCGGGGCACCGCGAAUGGCGGGACGUAGCCGUCACUUGCUUCCGCAUGGCCUUUGUGGCAAUUCUGAUUCUAGUGUGCGUGGCCCAGGUCGUCCUGCUCAUGGGCUGCAUAGCAAUGCUUGUCAUGCAAAUAG